UGUAGAAGAGGGUGAGUGGAGGAAGAAGGGCGGCCGGAGGGCAACUUUCUGGAGAAGCACCACCGUAAAGCCGCGUGCCGCGCUCAGACAUGGCCCAGAUAACCAGCGAGGGAGGCGACCAAGAGGCUAAGCCCACCUCGGAUCAGAACGGCACCGGUGUAGCAGCAGAAGCCGGCAGCGAGGGCCAGGCCGUGCCGGACCCCAAACAGGAACCGGGCGACAACAACGAGAGCGGAGCAGACAUGGACGCGAGCGGCGGCGCUGGGGCGGCGCAAGAAGGCGAGCAGAGCUCCCGGUCCGCUCGACUCCACGACGAAGAAGCCGCCUUGACGAGUGGAGAAAGGUCGGACGGACCCGGCGGGGAAGUGUCGGAACACGGCAAAAGUCCGGUCCAGGGGAGUUUGGCGAGCAGCACGGACUCCGCGCAGGAGGGCUCGCGGGUGCCGAACCAAGAACAAAGAGAGGAGGGCAGCGGAUCCCCCUCGCCGUCACCGUCCGGAGGAGCCGCCAAGAAGCCCGGCCACGGUGUCAAGAGACGAGCCAGCGUGGAGCUGACUUCCUCUGACGGGGAGCCGCUGAGCAGGAUGGACUCGGAGGACAGUAUCAGCAGCACCCUGAUGGACAUGGACAGUACGGCGUCAAGUGGCCGAUCCACUCCUGCCUUGCUCAACGGUCACACUGGCACCGGUGGCUCUGGAAACACCUCAACGCCGGCGAGCAGGAAAACGCUGAGUUACACGUGCUGCUGGGAUCACUGUCAGCUGCUGUUCCCCAGCAGCCCAGACCUGGCAGAACACAUCCGAGCCACACACGUGGACGCGCAGAGGGGAGGGGUGUUUGUGUGUCUGUGGAAAGGCUGCAAGGUUUACAACACGCCGUCUACCAGCCAGAGCUGGCUGCAGAGACACAUGCUGACCCAUAGCGGGGACAAGCCCUUCAAGUGUGUCGUUGGUGGCUGCAACGCCACGUUUGCCUCCCAGGGGGGGCUGGCGCGCCACGUCCCCACUCACUUCAGCUCAGGUUCCUCUAAAAUGUCCAGCCAGGGCAAACUGAAGGAGGAGUCUCCAUCCAAGGCUGGCAUCAACAAGAGGAGGAAGCUAAAGAACAAGCACAGACGCUCACUACCUCGACCUCACGACUUCUUCGAUGCUCAGACGAUGGACGCCAUCCGUCACCGAGCCAUCUGCCUCAACCUGGCGACACACAUCGAGAGUCUGGGGAACGGCCACAGUGUGGUGUUUCACAGCACGGUAAUAGCCAGGAGAAAAGAGGACUCUGGCAAAGUGAAGGUUCUUCUACACUGGACACCUGAAGACAUUCUUCCAGAUGUUUGGGUGAACGAGAGCGAGCGACUGCAGCAGAAAACCAAAGUGGUUCAUCUCUCCAAGCUGCCCACCGACACAGCGGUUCUGCUGGACCCCAACAUCUGCAGGAUGUUCUUCUGAGAUGCUGAGGAGCCACGAGCAGCAGGAGUCCUUCACCACUGAUUUCUCCCGAUGUCGUCUGGGAUUUUAGCGACUGGUUUCCAACGUCCACCGUUUUUUUGGGUGUCGACCUUUUAGUGGGAAACAUUGUAGGCAACUAGACUAAGUGAAGCAUAGACACGUUCGUAGAGAAGUCGUCUUUGUAAAUAUCUGAGAUGUGUAAUAUAUUUUUAUACCUUUCAUUUCGAUUUUUUUUUUUACCGAACUGUAGAUAAAUGUUUCUCUG